GUUAAAGUGACGUUGGCGGGAGGGAGCAAGAGAGAGAGAGAGAGAGAGAUUCCCGUCCCCGUCUGAUACCUGAACUGCGUGUGUGUGUGAGUCAGCGGCAGCGGGACGUUCGGACUGGGCGGAGGUGACUGAACCGGAUCCGCACGCAGCGUUUACUGGCGAUGAGGACUCGGUGAUCUUCCCCGCGAGUGCUCCCACACGGGGCGGCGGCGCCCUUGGGCUCGGGACUCGCGACUCGGAGCCGCGUGACGGGACGGGGACGGGGACGGCCCGAUUCCGGGGGGAGCUGCCGCCCUUCCCGCAUCGUCCCUCGGGCUCGGCGCUGAGGGCACAGACGGGGAAAUGAGAUUUUCCCGGUUACGGAUCGGGGUGCUGGCAGUGACGGGAUAUGCACUUCUGAACUUCCUCCUGACCGCAAGUCCCAAUUUCCUGCAUCAGCUCACAGGGGAGAGCCACAACUCGUCCAAGAAUGCCUCGGACGCCCGCCUUCCCGCCGCCCGGGCCUCCAUCCCUCUGCUGAACAUUUCCGCGGCGUACAGGGGCUUCAUCCCGGUGAAGAAGAGCUUCUGGAACCAAAGGCAGCACCAGUUGUUCCAAAAGUUGGAGGAGCUUCGUCGCCGAGGUGCUACCGAAUACCUCCCGCCGCAGAAGUGCAACCUGACCAGCCUGGGGGCCGAGAUCCCCGACGUGCAUACCUACUCUGAGGCGCACCGGGACUUUGCGUACUACGUGAGCUGCAGGGAUCACCCCCAGAGGAUCAACCACAGGGACAAGUGCAGUGGCGGGGUCUUCCUGCUGCUGGCCGUCAAGUCCAGGGCGGCCAACUUCGACCGGAGGCAGGCCAUCCGCGUCACCUGGGGCAGGGAGGCGAGCGUCAGGGGGGUCGGCGUCCGCACCGUCUUCCUGGUGGGCUCCACUUCCGACCUGGGCCAGGGGCCCGACCUGCAGCAGCUGCUGAGCUACGAGGACCACCUCCACGGAGAUAUCCUCCAGUGGGAGUUCAAGGACACCCUGUUCAACCUCACUCUGAAGGACAAUCUGUUCCUCAAGUGGGCCACUGCCCACUGCCCCUCUGUCCAGUACGUAUUCAAGGGGGACGAUGACAUUUUCCUGAACACCCCUGCUUUACUGGAUUUCCUCCAGUCGCUGGACAAAAACCAAAGCAAGCAGCUCUACGUUGGACAGACGAUCAUGAACGCCAGCCCUCUGCGUGACGCGAAGAACAAGUACAGUGUCCCCAUGUCGUUCUACGACGGAGCCUACCCAGCGUACGCUGGGGGUGGGGGGUUCCUUUAUUCGGGCAGCCUGGUCCGGUUGCUCUACGAGGUCUCGCACUACAUUCCUUUCUACCCCAUCGACGAUGUCUUCACCGGCAUGUGCUUCAGCGCGCUGGGGAUCAGCCCCCUGCACCACCAGGGUUUCAGGACCUUCGACAUUGAGGCCAAGCACCGGGAGAACCCGUGCACCUAUGUCGACCUGAUCCUCGUCCACCAACGCAGCCCCCUCCAGACCAUGGAGCUCUGGAGAAGGCUACAGAACCCUGAGCUCAGGUGCUAGUGCGC